AUGGCUACUACCACCACCAACCGCACUGCAUCUGACGACGACGACGACGACAGUGACAUGGACGAGGCAGAAGAUUUCCUGGCGUUUGAUGACAACAACAGCAACAAGGAACCCAAAGAAGAAACCAAGGAAGAUGACGACGACGACGACGGCACGCCCAGCGAUCUGCCUCCUUGGAUGGAUUAUCACACCAAUGUUCGACGGGUGACACCUCUAGUCGCCUUGCACAAUGAAAUUGUGGGAUUUUGCAAUCUCAUGUCACCCAUGCCGGAAGAAAUGGAACAACGAAAGGCACUCGUCGAGAGAUUCAAAGUCCUCGCGCACAAGGUCUUUGGAAAAGAAGAAGAAGAAAAGUGUCAAGUGGUGGUAUUUGGUUCUCAAGCUACGGGACUGUUUCUACCCACUUCGGAUAUUGACAUUGUCCUUCAAUUGCCAGAGGAAGAACAAAAAAAGAAAGACGAGGAAGAAAAUGCCGACAAUAAUAGUGCGGACAGCAGCAAACCACCAAAAGAGGAAGCUGAUGACAACAAUUCCGAGGGUGAUGAUACUGCCGACAGCAAACCAACAGGGGAAUCUACGGACAACAACAACAAUUCACAAGAACAAAAGGGGGAAAAUAAUAUUGAGGAACCACCCGAGGGAUCAUGGAAGGAUAUGAGAGAAAAGUCCCCGUUGGAUCGUUUGGCGGAUGCCUUGCGAGAGGAAUGGAUCGACGAAUUAUCCUAUCUCGAAGUCCUUUCCAAAACCAAAGUACCACUGGUCAAAUUCACGCACGGGCCCACCAAUUUGUCGGUCGAUGUCAGUUUUUCCUUUCAACAAAAACAAGAAACCGGUCCCGGGGCGGCGACAUUGAUCAAAACAUUGAUGGAAGCCAUGCCGCCCCUGCGGCCGCUCAUUUUUGUACUCAAGUACUUUUUGAAAGCGCGCGUCUUGAACGAACCCUACAGUGGCGGUGUGGGCAGUUACAUGUUGCAACUCAUGAUUGUCUCCUUUUUGCAACAUCGGGAACGAGAUGCCGUCACGUUUGGAAAGCCGGGAUUGUACAAUCUCGGCUGUUUGUUGGUGGAAUUUUUCGAUCUGUACGGGACCAAAUUCAAUUACCCUACCACCGGAUUGAGUGUCCGGCACGAUGGAGCCUUUUUUCGAAAGGGAGAACGCAAAGAGGCAUUUUUGGCACCCAACCGGGUCUUUUCCAUUGCGGUGGAGAAUCCACUGGACAUCACCAUGGAUGUAGGAAGGGCAUCCUUUCGAUAUAACACGGUCCAACGAUCCUUUGCGGCGGCCUACAAGGUACUGCUGGCACAUGUCGCCAAUCCAGCACAACCCACCGUGUCGAUAUUGGGCACAAUUUUGCCUCCUUCGGAUGAAAUGAUGGCGCGCAAACGAGCCAAAAAGACAUCAUCCGCCUUGACAGCAGCUCGAGGUGGUACCGGUACUGAUGGUGGCGACUCACCACAACGAAAGAAGCGACGAUUUCGUUGA